UCUUAUUUUUUCUUCUUCUUAUAAUUAGCCCGUUCCUUCUUCUCUUUCCAUUUCCUCUUCUUUGUUCCUACGUUUUCUGGGAAAGGUUUCUCAUUUUCCGCGAAAAGUAUUCCGGAAGUGACUGAAACAAUAGAAACAGGAAAUCGAAGAGAGGAGAAAACAUCCAGAAAAGCAAUACGAGAAUCGGCAAUUCGAAAAAGAGACGCCUUUUUUUCGUUGAAAAGAUAGUCUCGAUUUUUCUCGUUUUUUUCCCCAACCGUCGAGAGGUUUUCUGAAGCUCUGAAUCAUCGCAAGAGCUCGAGGGAGCCCGAUGGAUCGUGUUGACUCAUCUGAGGUUUCUGUUUCAAGAUUGGAAAUGUAAUUCGUCAUCGGAUUACUUGGCUCCGAUUUCUUCCUGGUCUGUUUCAGGGUAUUGGAAUUCCGACCGUAGUUUUUAUUCGGGCAUGAUCAUACCUUAAAUCCCUUCAACUAAAUCUGCGUUCUUCUGUAUUUCACUCACCAGGAGACAUUUUGAGAUAAUGUAAGUACUUCAUGAGCGGUCACUUUGGAAGAGGAACUUGUCGGCGGAGUCAGGGAAGAGUUAUGUUCUUCUUAGGUCUUUUCUGUGAGCUGAUUGUAUGUUGUGUUGACUGAACUGACAAUGGGUACUGGAAGUUUCUAGUCUGAGGUUGCUCAGAUUUUGAAUCAGAUGCAUUUUCUUUUUCUUUUUAAAAGUCCCAGAUCUUUGGUUGCUUGUGGGGGGGUGAACCAACACAUAAUGCUGAUGCUUUAGGUCUAGAUAACUGGUCAGAGUGAAAAUGACAAUGGUAAUUGAGGAGAGUUAGAGUAUGUGUUCCAUUUGUGUUUUCCUUUCUGAGUUCUCAUCCAUAGUGUUCUUAUGCAUUUGUUUUCGUUGUUUUCUUCCUGCUCCUCCUGCUUGCCCAAUUUCAGGACUCCUUAAGGGUUUAGUAGAUUCGUUGAGUUCUUAUCAGAGGGUAUGGAUCCAAUGCAAGGGCCGUGGAAUACACUCAGUUCAUCUACUGAAGUAAAUAACCGUGACGGGCAACACAUCUCUAGCACCAAUUCAGAGGCCCUUUCAAAUAACAUUUUGAAUCCAGUGGACUGUCGGUUUCCAAACUACAGUACACCUUCAGGACGGUCAACUUACGUAAGCUCUGGUUCUCGUGAUUUUCAAAGUCGUGGCUGGUUGAGUUCUGGUGAAUCCAGCUCUAGACUAGGACCUUCUCCUCAUCAGGCCAAUGAUGUUGGAUUGAAGACAGACCACCGGCUAGCCUCAGAGGGCGUUCCUUCUCACGUUGGCUAUGGCUCGGAAGAAGGGAAAUCAGUUUCGACUGGUAUAAGGCCAACAGGAGGGCUUCAGAUUGGCCGUGGUGGCAGUCAUGUCCGAAAUGGACCGCCUUUCUUGCAAGGUUCAGGCCCUAGGUGUAUGUCACCGACUAUAAAUCUGGGUAUGGACAUGGACAACAAUGGCAGCUGUGGGCAGAGCUCGGGGGCUGUUCUCUGCAAUAAUAAUUGUGAGAGAUCAUUGAGAAGCGGAAGUCAGGUUGGCGAGGAGAGCAGUGGUGGUCCGGGUUCCUCACUGGACGGUGGUUGGGGUACAUCCUGCAAAAGAAAGGCUCUUCAAGGAGCUUCAGGACAUUCUUUUCACGGCGAAAGCCCUGACUCCUUUGUUCAAACUGAGAACGGUUCUUGGCAUACACAAUAUGGUGCUUCUAGUAGUAACUUAAGUUUGUCUAUUCGGUCGCAAAGUUCUCCAAAUAUUAUCAACCGUUCUGGUCAGUCAGAGCCGAGGUUCGGAGUGGCUGUCACGUCAAAUGCUUUCCCUUCUACGAGAAACGGAGACAGUUCAUCUAGACAUGGCAAGCAGUUAAAUCCUGGGCAGCAACAGGACUCGGUACCGUUCAGUUCAUCGUCGGCUGAAACUUCUUUGCGUUCUAGUGUUUCUUCUCAGCAGCAUUUAACGGUGAAUUCCCCGUUUCUUGAUCCUCUGAAUGUGAGAUCAACACCAUCAAUUGGUGGCAACUCCAGCAGUAGUAAUGAGAGUCAGUCAAAUAUUAUCCACCUUCCUUCUUUGACUAGGAAUAUACAUCAUUUUGCUUGUAAUGCUGCUUCUAGUUCGAGAUCCAACAGUUCUUCGGGGCAAUUCGGACUACCACGAGAAUCGCCAAGAAGCAACUCAGAGCAUCAUCACGUGUUUGUACCCUCAACCGAAACGAGAAAUCCAGUGCUGGAUCAAUCUUAUUGGAGUUUCAGCCGUGGAACCCCUAAUGUGUCUGGAGAUUAUCCUUUCGCUCCUCGAGCAGGGCCGAGUCCAAGCAUUCAUUCUUUGCAGCCGAAUCCCGCAUGGAUUCUCCCCCCAAGUAGCUCGAUGCAUAAUCAGUCAAGGACAUCAGAACUUGCUCCGUGGUCUAUAUUUUCUAACGUCGAAUCUGAAUCUGAAUCUGCUAGACACGGUGGUUCUCUUCCUUUACUUCCUACAGGCCCUUCAGUUUCCUUGAACGAGACUGCAGUGGCAUCUGGGACUAGUAGCAGGAGCCAUCGCCCACGGCCGAGGAGAUCAGGAUUGUUAUUGGAGAGGCAGAGUAAUCUUCUCCACUUGCGUCAUCUGGGAAGACGAUUAGCUGCUGACAACGAUGCGAGGAACCAGCUGAUUUUCGAGAUACGUCAGGUGUUGAAUGCCAUGCGAAGCGGGGAAAACUCGCAGUUUGAGGACUAUAUGGUGUUUGAUCCGCUUAUCUACCAUGGCAUGGCCGAGAUGCAUGAUAGGCAUCGGGAUAUGCGUCUUGAUGUUGACAGCAUGUCGUACGAGGAGCUACUAGCACUGGAAGAACGUAUAGGAGACGUGAGCACUGGGCUAAGCGGGGAAACGAUUAUGAAAGCGAUGAAACAGCAUAAAUACACAUCUUCGGCUGCCGAGACCGGACAAGACGUAGAGCCUUGCUCUGUUUGUCAGGAGGAGUAUGGAGAAGGGGAUGAGGUCGGAACACUAGACUGUGGCCAUGAAUUCCACACAGACUGCAUCAAGCAAUGGGUUAUGCUCAAGAACCUCUGCCCCAUUUGCAAGAUCAUGGCGCUUUCUACUUGAAAAAAGGGGUUUGCCUCUUCACCGUCAGCUUCUUUCGAUCCCAAAACAAAAGAAAAUGGCAGAAAAAGGAAGAGAAUGAAUAUCAGAAACUCCCGUCUUUGUUUACCUCUUUGAGUGUGUGGAAUCAUGUGGAUGAUGAUCAAACCUUGAUUGUCUGGACAAGUUACAAACUUUGGUCCAUCAUGUGUCAAUGUCCCAAGAAAGAUAUUUUCUUCCCUCAAUAGUGAAGUUUCUAUCUUUAUGGUA